AUGAGGAGGCCAAAAUUGGAAUUAUUCUUUUCCCUUAGACGGCAAAGAUCAAUUCAGAUUCUUGUUUUUGUUGCGUUUUUGUAUAUGCUUCUGGUGAGUUUUGAAGUCCCUUUUGUGUUAAAAAAUGGGCUUGGGUCAGUUUCUCGAGAGGGGAUUUUAAAUAGUAAUAAUGGGUUUUUGAAUUACAAGCCUUUUGUGCUGGAAAGUGAGGAAAAUUUGGAGGAAAGAGAGGCCCCCAUUCGCCCUCAUGAUGUACCCCUUAAGGUCUCUAAUCAUUCGAAACAUGAGAGAAAAAUCCAAGAGUUAAUUAGAACACCGUUGUCAAGCUUGAACUUCAGUGCUGGCAUUGUGAAUUCGAUCCCCGAAAAUGGGAUUUUAGAGUCAGUAAAAGUGGCCCUUGAGCUUGGCAGUAAGGUCUGGCAUGACCUCGAAUUGGAAAGGAUUGAUGACAAAAAUAUAGGAAAAAAUAAUAAUGGAAGUGUUACUUCUGGUGUGAAUAAAAGAAAAAGUGAGGAAUGCCCACAUUCCUUAGCUAUAAGGGGGGAUGUGUUUGCAACGAAGGGGCGAGUGAUGGUGUUGCCAUGUGGUCUAACAUUGGGAUCACAUAUCACAGUGGUGGGGAAGCCAAGGGUAGCCCACGCAGAGACUGAUCCAAAGAUUUCGCUGUUGAAGGAGGGACAGUACUUGAUGGUUUCACAGUUUAUGAUGGAGUUGCAGGGGUUGAGGAUAGUGGAUGGAGAGGAUCCUCCAAGGAUCCUGCAUUUUAAUCCACGGGUGAAGGGAGAUUGGAGUGGGAAGCCUGUUAUUGAGCAAAACACUUGUUAUAGGAUGCAAUGGGGGACUGCUCAACGGUGUGAUGGGUUGAAGACUCGGGCCGAUGAGGAGACUGUUGAUGGUUUGGUGAAAUGUGAAAAGUGGAUUAGAGAUGAUGACAAUCGCUCUGAAGAAUCAAAGACAACAUGGUGGUUAAGUCGAUUAAUAGGCCGGACGCCGAAGAGGAUGGAUGUUGAUUGGGCUUUCCCAUUUGCAGAAGACAAGUUAUUUGUCCUUACUCUUAGUGCUGGCUUGGAGGGGUACCAUGUCAAUGUUGACGGAAGACAUAUCACCUCAUUUCCAUAUCGCCCUGGAUUUACACUCGAAGAUGCCACUGGAUUAUCUUUGAUGGGAGACAUUGAUGUCCACUCUGUUUUCGCUGCUUCCCUGCCCACAUUACACCCCAGUUUUGCACCUCAACGAAAUCUUGAUUGGUCUAACAAAUGGAAGGCUCCGCCUAUUCUUGAAGGGCCUGUUGAACUGUUCAUUGGUAUUCUUUCAGCAGGCAACCACUUUGCUGAACGUAUGGCUGUGAGGAAGUCUUGGAUGCAGCAUAGGCUAAUAAAAUCUUCCAAUACAGUUGCUCGUUUCUUUGUUGCACUGCAUGCUAGAAAGGAAGUGAAUGCGGAAUUAAAGAAAGAAGCUGACUUUUUCGGAGACAUUGUAAUAGUACCAUACAUGGACAACUAUGACCUUGUUGUUUUAAAGACAGUUGCCAUCUGUGAAUAUGGGGUUCGAAGAGCUCCUGCAAAGUAUAUUAUGAAAACUGAUGAUGACACAUUUGUCAGAGUAGACGCUGUUCUUAUGGAAGCGAAGAAAAUACCCGAGAACAAGAGCUUGUACAUUGGGAAUAUGAAUUACUACCAUAAGCCCAUGCGAAGUGGUAAAUGGUCAGUGACAUAUGAGGAAUGGCCAGAAGAAGUCUAUCCACCCUAUGCGAAUGGUCCGGGCUACGUUAUUUCAUCUGACAUUGCAAACUUUAUUGUUUCUGACUUCGAGAAGCAUAAACUACGGUUGUUUAAAAUGGAGGAUGUGAGUAUGGGAAUGUGGGUCGAGAAAUUCAGUGAUUCGCAACCAGUUGAGUACGUCCAUAGCUUGAAGUUCUGCCAGUUCGGGUGCAUAGAAGAUUAUUAUACGGCUCACUACCAAUCUCCGAGGCAGAUGAUAUGUAUGUGGAACAAAUUGCAACAGCGAGGAAAGUCUUUAUGUUGCAACAUGAGAUGA